UGGGUUUUUCAUCAAGUUUAUAACAUAAUGUCUGGACGACACCACCACCAUGAUCAGCAAUACCCAGCUCGACCUCCCAAUCCCCUAGUCUCUGUACAAGGGAACACUGUGAAGAUCUACUGUGAAGCUGAUCCUGAUUACUAUCUGGCCAAUCUUAAUGGUCACGUGAUCAUGGCAGCUGCUAAUGAGUCUGACCCAAAUCAGCAAUGGAUCAUGGACACUUCAUGGAGUGUGAGGGCAAAGGAUGAAGCAGGAUUCCCUGCAUUUGCCUUGAUAAACAGGGCUACAGGCCAGACUCUAAGGCAUGGACGUUCAGAGAGUGAAAGGGUUAUGUUUUUUAAGCUCCUUUCUAUUUUAAGAAGUGAAGAAUUAUUAGAGGGUUUAAUAUUAUGGGAUUGAAAUUGCCUG